AUGGCUCGUUUGGCUCGAUCAUCAACAUCUUUAAAUAUUACAAGAACCUAUAUAACAAUAAAUAAUAGUGGAGCAGAUAGAUUAGAACAAUUAAGAAAGGGAUAUGGUAAAGAUGAUCAAAGUAGAAUAGUAUCAAUGGGAGGAGAAGAAGAGAAUGAAUUAUCACAAGAGGUAAUGCAAAGAGUGAGUAAUAUAAGAAAGAUGGCUCCCUCUAUCAAAGAUGACCCCUCACUAGAUGACUAUUCAUCAAAGGUUGAACAACAAAAUGAACAAGGUGAAACAAUUGAAAUCAAUGGUCGUACCAUCCCAAUCAAUAUACCAAGAGAUAAGAUUCAAAUAGUUAGAACUAGUGAUUAUUAA